GUACUUGUGUUCAGGUUAACCUGGCUUGCCCCUUCUCCCUCUACCUCUAGCCUGGACUAGUUUGGAGAAGCCACACACUGGAGAAGCCCAUGGGGAUCAGGAACUCCACGACAACCUUUGCCCAGAGCUGGAGCAGCACCCAGGGCCGGCUGGUGCGCGUGGAAGUCCUCGUCCUCUUCAGCGCCUUCGUCUGGAUCCUCGUCGAGUUGCUUGGCUCACGGCGACGGCGGCAUAGCCAUGGGUUCUUCCGCUUCUUCGUGUGGGCGGUGUACACGCUCUUCACCGUGCUUGGCCCCUACGCCAUCGGACUGCUGCAGGACGGUCCCUUCCGUGACCAGACGUUCGUCCUGUGGGGCAGCAUCCUCCUCCUCAUCCAAGUGAGUGCCGAUUCCCUCUCGGUUUACAGCAUCCAUGACAUUGAGCAGAGGAAGAGGGUGCUUGUGCAGCACGUGCUGCAGAUCGUCCUCGUGCUUUGGCUGAUUGUGAAUAGCAAAGGCCACAACACAUGCUACAGUGCAACCAUCUGGAUAUUCUGGAUUCAGAGCGUCAUUUUGACAUACAGAAAGUCCGGGGUUUUGAGCAACGCGAGCAAAAAAGGAGGUUUGCUGAAGCAGUCGAAAGUGGUUGCUGAUUACAUGAUGAUCGAGCAUGAGCAAAUACCUCCGGACGUCGCUCCGAAUCCUAAAACCAUGGAAGGUUACAGGUACAUAUUCCACGGUGAAGAAGAAGUAGCUUCCUUGCUUCCCACCGCACCUGAAUAUAGACUUGGAUUUACACAGGGGCCUGGGACCACCAUUGAUUCGGUGUGGCGAUGGAUCGAGAGUCAGGACGUUCUCACCACGGGAGCUGUGGAAACAAUAAAGGAUGUUGCGCUCUCCUUUUCGUUGUUUAAAUUGUUGAAGCGCAGGUUGUGUGGAUACCGGAUCGGGGAAGCUGGCCGCGCCAAGACAUUAGAUUUCGUGCUUUAUGGGCUCAUCUCUGAAGAAGGUAACUAUGUCCGUGCUUUUGUAGUUAUAGAGAAGGAGUUGGCAUUCCUAUAUGAUUUCCUCUACACAAGAUACGACACCAAGAAUCCUGUGUACUGGUUCUUGACACUUGUCAAUGUUGUAGUAAUUGUUACUGUUUGGAAUAGUAUCUCUGGAGCAUUUAGCCGGCACUACCAUCGUAGUAAUUUGGAACAGAGAGUUCAUGGAACCGAUGUUACUCACUGGGUAACCAUUGUGCUGCUUAUCAUUGUUUUAGUAUUGUCCUUUUUACCUCCCACCAUGGACAGGAGGUGGGACGUAGUGGACGAGCUCCAUAGGUACAAACAACCCACGUGGGCGACAGCGAUGUCUCAUAUUAGAGAUGAUGAAGCGAGGAUUUUGUGGCAGAGAGCAUUUGGGCAAUACUCCCUGCUACUGGACUUCGACUACCACUCGUGGAAUGUGCUGCCGCUCUUGUCACUGGGUCUGGUAGACAAAACAAGAGAGGGACAGAAGGCUGGGAGAAAGACCAUGCUGACACGUGAAAUCAUCGACCGCGUCCUUUCUGGGUUCAAAGAGAGCAAUGGGCAGCUACAUGAUGGGCAGUCGGCUCUGGCCAGAAAUCAGCUGCUAAGCCAGUUCUCAUGGGCCUGCACCCUGCCCACAAACAUCCACAACAUUCUCGUAUGGCACAUCGGGACGACCAUCGCCAUGGAUGGGCACCCGGUUCCCCGAACCGGCGACCACCGUGUCGCCAAGACGCUGUCGGACUACUGCGCCUACCUCGUAGCUUUUGUUCCGGACAUGCUGCCCGGCCAUGGCUACGACACCCAGCGCAUCUUCGACGCCGUGGUCAUGGAAGCUCGGAAAAGCCUCACCGGGUGUGACACUGUGAGCAGCAGGUGUGAGAAGCUGACGAUGAUGGCCCUCGCAAGCGACAGCAGCUGCACAAUCCUAGAGCUGGGGGGCAGGCUCGGGAGAGAGCUCAGGGGCGUGGUUCCGGAGGCACGGAGGUGGAAGGUGCUGGCCGACUUCUGGGCCGAGUUCAUCCUCUUCCUCGCGCCGUCAAGCAAUGUUGAGAUCCACGCCGAGAAGCUCGCCGCCGGAGGGGAGUUCAUGACCCAUCUCUGGGCACUGCUCACACACGCCGGCAUUCUGGAGCGCCCCUCGACGACCGACGGUGUGGGAGGAGCCGAAGGGGCAUUCGCCAAUUCGUUGUCCCGGUUGUGCAAUGCUUGGCAGGAACUGGCAUGGAAUGGAACGGAAUAUGGUUCAAUUCCCAGCCAAUCCCUCUCAAUACACGUCAAACCGGAACAAGACCUUGGUUGGAAUACAGCAGUCCCACAAAUACCUUAUUUUACUACAGCUGAUACACUAAUACCUGAUUUCCAGAGUUUUGGUGGACGUUUAGAAACUGUAGCUGAUAGCUAG